AUGCCAUUUGGCCUGAAAAACGCGCCAGCGACGUUUCAGCGUGUAAUGGACUCCGUUUUGUGUGGCUUACAAGGUAAAAGAUGUUUCGUUUACCUCGACGACAUAGUAGUAUUUGCUUCUAGCCUUCAAGAACGUGAACAAAAACUUGAAGAAGUUUUCUCUAGACUUAGAAAAUAUGACCUAAAAAUCCAACCAGACAAAUGUGAAUUUCUUAGACGCCAAGUUGCCUACCUUGGCCAUAUCCUUUCCAACGAAGGCGUUAAACCGAACCCCGAUAAAAUACGGGCAGUUCAUGAAUUCCCUAUUCCUAAAUCGUGUAAAGAUAUAAAAGCAUUUCUAGGUCUUACAGGAUACUACCGUCAGUUUAUUCCUAACUUCAGUAAACUCACUAAACCUUUAACUAGCCUUCUUAAAAAGGACACUGCUUUCAUAUGGGGCGAAACCCAACAACAAUCCUUCAAUGAAUAUAAACAUCUUCUUACUAACCCUCUAAUCUCACAAUAUCCUAACUUCACAAAGGAAUUCAUACUAACCACAGACGCUUCGAUAAACGCCUUAGGUGCUUUGAUAUCGCAAGGUGAAAUAGGCAAGGACUUGCCUAUAGCAUAUGCAUCUCGAACCCUCAAUAAAUCUGAAUCCCACUAUACCACUAUCGAAAGAGAGUUAUUAGCUAUCGUUUGGGCAGUCAAACAUCUUAGACCCUGUUUGUUUGGUAGGAAAUUUAAAAUAGUAACUGACCACAAAUCGCUAACAUGGCUUUUCUCGAUAAAAGACCCCGGUAGUCGGUUAGUUCGUUGGCGACUUAAACUCGAAGAGUACGAAUACGAAAUAGUAUAUAAAGCAGGUAAAAACAAUACUAACGCAGACGCUCUCUCACGCCCACCAAUUCUCCGCGCGAGCAUAAAUAAUCCGACAAAUAGCGACAAAAACACACAUCUUGACUCAAGCACUUCAGAAGACUAUUUACAACUAAACUUUCAACACUACUUAGAAAUCGACUAUCACACUUUUAAUACUCUAUGUCUCCAUAUUUCACCAGACUGCCUCUUGAACGAACGUCACAAAAACAUUCUUAUCCCAGUCUCCUGUCAACUUUCCGAUAAAAAUACCCUUUUCAACCAAGCAAUUUCCACUUGCUCUCAAGUGGACCCAUAUUUAAAUAAACCAAAAACACUUUACGAAACCGAUUUAUUAGUUUCAGAUAAGAAAAAAAAAUUAUAUUUGGCUGUUCGAGACCCACUCACUGCGAUCCUUGGGAUUCCGAAAGCUAUUUUAAAAUAUUACUCGCUUGCCUACACAACCAGAAAUUAA